AUGAUUUACUUUAGUGAAUAUUUGUAUUGUCAUCAUCAUAAUAGACAGGGAUUACUUGGACGUUUUCAAUCAUCAUCAUUUACACCAGAUAUUAAUGGUAUUAUUCUAGCAGCACAUCGUGAUAAUUAUGUGAUAUUAAAAUUAUUACUUGAUCGUGGUGAACGAAUUUGCAAACCACAUGAUUUACGUUGUGCAUGUCAUAUAUGUACACAAUCAAGACGUGAAAAUGGUUUACAACAUUCUAGAUUACGUAUUAAUACAUAUCGUGCAUUAACAAGUCCAUCAUUUAUUUUAUUAACUAGUAAUGAUCCAAUUUUAACAGCAUUUGAAUUAAGUUGUGAAUUAAAAAAGCUAGGUGAACUUGAAAAUGAAUUUAGAACAGAAUAUGAAGAAUUAGAAGCAAAAUGUCAAAAAUUUGCUACAGAUAUGUUAGCACAAACUCGUAGUUCUGCUGAAUUAUCAAUUGUUUUAAAUCAUAAUACUGGAGCUGAUGUAUCGAAUUGUCAUGUGAAUGAAUUCAGUCAACAAUCAUUAUUAACAGAAGAUAUUAGUGAAAGGAUGCAAUUGUCACGAUUGAAAUUAGCUAUAAGAUAUGGACAAAAACAGUUUGUUGCACAUCCACAUUGUCAACAAUUAUUAGCUGCUAUAUGGUAUGAAGGAUUGCCGGGAUUUCGUCAAAAACCAGUAUUUGCACAAUUAGCUACCAUUGGAACGCUGUGUUCAUUAUUCCCUGUAUUAGCUACAUUUUAUAUGCUUGCACCACAUUCAAAAUUAGGCAAUAUGAUGAAAAAACCAUUUAUUAAAUUUUUAUUUUAUAAUGAUUUGUCAAGUUAA